UAUCUGGAGCCAUGAGCGCGCCUGUGAGUGCGCCCCACCCUCACCUCCCGCGAGCACACGCCCGCUGUCCCGCCCGGCCCUCAUCAUGUGAUAGACGCUCAAUUCACCCAGGCCACUUUAAACACUUGGACAAAAAAGUUUGUUUCGUAACUCUCGGGGAAGUUUUUCGGCGUCUGUCUAAAUGCAAGUGUGUCAUUUGGAUUUGUAUCGCGCUCUCGUGAUUCAGCCUGUUGCUUUCGUCCGCGCUCCUUUAUAACGGCGCAAUUUUGACUUGAGGAAUAUUUACUGCCAUAAUUCCACUGGAAGCAGCCAUGCUCACGUGUGAUCCAAAACCAGACAUGUCAUUAUACCAGCCCUACUCUACACUGAUUAAAUCGCAUGAGACGUUUGGAAUGGUUUUGCCACCUGCUGUGGUCAGUGGAGCACACCUGUACCCUUCUCACUACCACCCCAGCUAUCAGCUGCCCUACUCACACCGUCAGUCCCAGGACGUCCAUCAAGCCCAGAUCGAACCUGUUGAUUUAUCCAUCGGCAACAAAUCUUCUGGUUCAUCGCCUUCAUCCUCUCUGGCAUCAUCAUCACCCAGAGCCAGUCCUCCAUCGCCCUAUGAGGCACACAGUCCUGCCUCUCGCUGUUCUCAGAACAGACAGCUGAGCCCGUCACUCACCCUUCCCAUUCCUGCUGUGACGCAGGUUCUGACACCCUUCGUAUCGAGUCCUGGCAUGAUUCCAGUAAUUCCUAUGCCGUUAUCUGUGCUGUAUCCUCCCUCCCUGCACCUGUCUCCAUCCAUCAUAAUCUCACCCGUCACACCUGAAGACCCGGCCAACCACAAACACUUCUCUGUAAUAAAGUCAGAGAAUACUUCGGACCACCAUGAGCUUCUCAAACCAAUCAAAUCUGAGCCGCACCCUGAACAUACUCAGGACAACCACAGCCAAGAGAAAUCGGUCAUCACUGCCUUACCGAAUUAUAAUGAGGGAAACACACAAUCUCCAAAGGUAGAAUCUCCAGAUCUGUUGAAGAAACGCAGAAUUCAUCGAUGUGACUUUAAUGGCUGCAAUAAAGUCUACACCAAAAGCUCUCAUCUGAAAGCCCAUAGACGCACACAUACAGGAGAGAAGCCCUAUAAGUGCAUGUGGGAAGGCUGUACAUGGAAGUUCGCCCGCUCAGAUGAGCUGACACGCCACUAUCGGAAACACACAGGUGUAAAGCCAUUCCACUGCCCAGACUGUGACCGUACCUUCUCUCGCUCCGAUCACCUUGCCCUCCACAAGAAGCGCCAUCUUCUUGUCUGAACUCAAAACUGCAACACAUGAAUAGAGCAGAAAUUGCAGCAGUUGCUCACCAGGACUUUUACCUUCAGUGGAUGUUUUUGUGUAUCCUUUUCCUUUCCUGUUCAGGACACUAUUCAUUUAGGAAGAAAGUGGAAAUGAUGGAUCAUAUGAUGGAUUUUACUAUCCAAGUGGACAUUACUGUGGGUAUCAAAUAUGGAUAGUGCUUUGGAUAUGACCCUUGUAUGUAAACCAAAUAUGUCAAACUAAAUUAAAUGCCAUCCAUAUUCAAAACAAUAAGCACCUUUUCUCUCCAUAAACGUCUUUCUGCCGUUCUGUGUUGCCCACUGCAGGUCAGAGGGCCCAUUCACUACAAAAAAAAACACAAAAAAAACAAGCAAAAAUACACAAGCAGUAUGUCAGUCACAAAUACACACAUACACAACAGUUUCACAGAUGUAAUAUUGUUUUAGAAAGCAGCUCGGGUCAAACCUGCACAAUGUGAAUUUUUUUCCUUUAUAUUAUUAAUAAAAAUGUAAUGAGUAUACACAGAUCCUGUAUAUGUAUUCAGCAUGUGUUUCAUGUUUCAGUGUAAAGACCAAAGCUGAUUGUCUUAUGCAUCCUCAUGUAUAUAUAUAUAUAUAUAUAUAUAUAUAUAUAUAUAUAUAUAUACAAUUUUUUUUAUUUUUUAUUUUUUUUUGUGAAGAUUGUUUGAUUGGGUCGGUCAGUCGUUAUACUUUGACUCUUGAGAGUUGAGUUGUGACUGAAAAAACUAAACAUAAAAACUAAGUUUUUUGUUCCAAAAGUAGCUUUCGAGCACCUGACCUAUUACAGAAAUGGUUAAACAGUGGUAUGUUUAAUUAAUUGUAAACAUUAAUUAACACCGUAGUUUACUACCGUAAGUACUAUGUACUGUGUAAGUUCUUGCAACUACACACAUGCACAAUUUACUAUUUAGUAAUACAAUUAUGGUAAUGAUUUUACCCCCAAAUACAUUAUAAAAAUUUUUUUGUGAGAGGUCAAAAUGGUGUCUUAAAUGUUAAUAGGCGGGUAUUAAAACACAUACAGUACAUGUUAGUUGCAAGGACUUAUAGAAAGUUUCAUUUUAUUUUAAUCUCACCAUUAUUCAUAUUUGAAUAACUUCUGUAAUCAUGAAUAUUCAUAUUAUCCUAAAUGUUAUAUUGUUUUAUCAGUGUCUGAGGCUCAAAAGGGUUAAUCGUUAUUUCAUUGAGGGGUUUUUAGGUGCAGAAAAAUGUGAACCAUUCAAUAAGGGGCAUUAUUUUAUUGCAGUGAGUUCAUCUAGGUUAUGGGUAGCGUCGUCUCUACUGCUAAUACUAUGUUUGUGAGGGAGAUUUGCUUAAUGAUCGUGGAGACAUACAGGGACAAGUGUACUCUUGUUUUUCUGUCUUGCAAAUAAUUUUUAUGUGAACAAAUGUUUGUUAAAGGGCAAUGUGUAAAUGGAAACAGUGCACUUUAAAAUAGAUUUAAAAAAGGGGCCAUGAGUAGCUUGAAGCUUUUGGGCGAUAUCUCCAUAUUUUUUCUCUUUCUUCUAGUUGUUUGUAAUAGACCAGUUUUCUGUUGUGCUCUUCUCAUGUGAAGGACAAUUUUAAAGAAUAUUUCAAAGGAGGAAAAGAACAAGGGCGAGUUUAAAUAAGAAAGGAAAAAGUCCUUAAAGAAACAUUUGCGAUGAGUUAGAGAAAGAAAUAAAGAGAAAAGGCAUGAAGCUGUUGUUUUUUGGUCUAAUGUAUAAAACACAGCAAAGCUGUAUUUAAUAAAAGAAAGAAACUAAUCAGAUAGGAUAAUGGAAAUAUUAAUAUAUAUAUAUAUAUAUUUUAGUGGAAUAAUAUGACUGAAUGGGCAAUUUAUAGAGAGUUUGAUUCUGGUUUAACUUCAAUCCCUAAAAAUUAAACAUUUUGAUAAAGAUGUGAAUCCUCUGUCUUUUCUAUAAAUGUACAUGUAUUUUCACAGUUCAAAGGGAAUAGUAUGCUUGUGUCAUUAUAUAAACUGUGAAUUUUAAAUUGUUCAGACAUUUUUUGUAUUAUAUAGAUUUAAAUAUGUAUCACUCAAUAAACUUUUUAUGGUGAAUAUUUUGUAUAAA